CGGACCGUGCGCAUAGACGCGCGCAGCUCCAGCAGAGCGCAGGAGAACCGCUGUGCUGUGGCAAAACCCCCGGGGUUAAACUCAACUGUGUUUGCGCUGCAACAAUGUAAGAAACUAAAACAUCUUUGUAAAAUACAAACUCCAGCUGGACCAGAGUGGAUGUUUCACUUCAGUGCAAACUUUUUUGUUGUUGUUGCUUUGGGACAAGGAGAAUCUUAAGAUAAACAUGGCAAAGUUGUCCAGUCGGCGCCUCUUCUUGGAGCGCAGGAUACGCACGGCCGCUCUGGCGCUCCUGCUUUACGCACAGGCCGCCUUUGGCUUCUCAGUCGCCGGACAACAGGAGAGCACCUGUGAGGCCAACGGCAGCGUCUACUACGUCGGGGAAUGGUAUUUCCUGGACUCGGACCACUGCACCCAGUGUGAGUGCACUACCGAGGGCUCCGCGUGUGCCCGCACUGAGUGCACCUCCCUCCCGGCAGCGUGCAUCCAUGUCAGCCACUACCCCACCGACUGCUGCCCCAGGUGCGAGAAGAUCGGCUGCGAGUACCGGGGAGUGGUGUACGAACUGGGGCAGAAUUUCGAGCCUUCAGGAUGUGAGCAUUGCAAGUGCGAAAGUGACGGAAUCGCCCGCUGUAUAGUUGCAGACUGUGCUCCUCCCCCAUGUGUCAACCCCGUCUAUGACCCGGGGAAAUGCUGCCCUGAGUGCAAGGAGGGUCCUAACUGCUACGCUGAUGCCUCACGUGGUAAGGUGAUUCCUGCAGGAGAGCCCGUCUGGGUCGACCCGUGUACCAAGUGUCGCUGUCAUGAUGGGCAGGAUGCCAGCUACUGGGAGGGAAACCGCCUCGCCACCUGCUCCCGCCUGAAAAACUGCACACCAGAACAACCUUCCAUCCAGCAAAACUGAUUCACUCUGUCAGCAAAGAUUGUUGAAAUGCUGUCUCCUGCCAUUCCACAAAAAUAAUCCGUCCAAUAUUUUCAUGACCCAGUGAAUGGACCACCAUCUUUUUCCUUAUCUGAUCGGUGUUAAGAUGACCACACCUGGAGGUCAGAGCUCCAGACUGACAGCACGUCACUGCAAAUCUGCAAAACCAGUGUCAACAAAGACAGGUCCAGAAUUUAUAUUUAAAGCUGUGGCCUCACUAUGUUGUUACUGUGUGCUUCCAUGGUGCAUUUCACUAAAUACAUAUAUAUUAAUUCAGAGAUUCUCAAUCCUGGUCCAGGGGACCCACGGCCCUCCAUGUUUUAGAUGAUUCCUUGUUCCAAAACACCUUAUUCAAAUAAAUGGGUUGUACUGCCCUUGUAGCGUGUGAACUUAGCUAGACAGCCAGCUCACAUUGAAGUCCUCCAAGAAAUACACAAGGCUUGACAUUUUUUUUGCCUUUACUGGGGUAACUGUCGUACACAUGACUUUUUGUUGAUUUAGUUUUGUCAAAAAAUUACAGAGAAAACACAAAUGAGCAUACAAAACUAAAAAACAAAAUAUUCUAUGUGCAGCUACAACCUGCAGGUGAAUCAAUAAAAUUAGCUUAGCUAGUUUCUGCAAUCUAGUUAGAGUAGUAACCCUAACCCUAAUCCUAGUAACAAACAAGUUGUCUUACUAUGUUUAACACAAAUACAGGCAGGUACUCACAGACAAAUAAUUUCUCAGGCUGAAGCGUAGCAGAAAACACCAAAAGCAACAUUAAGGACGCUGUCUCGCGAGAAAAACACCCAUUUUUAGCCUCAAUGCACGGUGAUUCAAAGAUAGUACAAACUCUAUUUGACUCUAUUUUCAAGAACCAACAAACACAAGGAUGUCUCACUUUGAUGCUAUUUCUACAAACUAACAGAAACUAACUUAAUUGAAUUAUUAUUUUGAACUUACAAUACAACACAUGGGUCGAUAUCAGGCUUCUGCAGUGUUUGCUGAUGAGCUGACCAUUCGAAUCAGGUGUGUUGGAGCAGGGAAACAUCUAAAACAUGCAGGGCUGUGGUUCCCUGGGACCAGGACUGAGGAACCCUUUAUUAGUAACUGCAGACUAAACCCCAAGACCAACAGACAAGUCCUGGUUAGUACCAGUAGGGGGUUACUAGUGGAGGAUCAACAGAGUCCAACAGAGUAGAACGGCGUAUUUGUCUGGUUUGAUAUGAAGUAAAGCCUAGGAAGUAAGAUGGAAGUAGCAUUUAACCACCACUGGUUUUGUAAAAUAUGUUCCCAUUUAGAGGAAAAUUAUCAAUAAAGCAAGUGGACACCUGAUUGACAGCUAGUAUCAUCCAAUAGGAGCCUCAAAAAAUAACAUAGUGCACAGUACAAAUUACAAAUCACAAGGCUUCAAAAUGCAAACGUGUUUUGCAGCUGGAAAAACUAUGUCCAUUUUCAUGUACAGUCUAUGAGCCAAACAGCAAAUUAUUCACGUCAUGGGCCCUUGACAGGUUAAAAAGAACAGAUAAGGUUUCGUAGUAGACAGGAAGAUGAAUGGUAGCCUAAAAAAAAAAAACAGUGAAAAGAUGACCUUAGAUGCAGGAAAACAGCAGCCCAUUAUUACUUCUGAGGAGGAAUAUAAUAAAACAAAUCUAAUAGAAACCAGCAACAACACUUCUGUUUCAGUUUGGACAGUAAAUCUGCUCCAGAUAUUUGCUUUUUAACAUCCUGUCUUGUAGACGGUUAUACGUCAACAAGGUUAGCUACAGGAGAUCAAUAGAGAUUUUAGAUGUUGUAUAUAAAAAAACCCUGAGGCUAUGUUUGUUUUGAAUUUCAAACAGACCUGCGGUGGUAAACGAUGGCCACAACAAAGCCAAUGAGAGUAUAUUGGACGUUAAGGAAAUGUAAUUGACCUGUCACAGGUUGAUGCAGCAGCAAAAUGUAUGCACAGCUGUGAUGCAAUUUAGAGAAGCAAAAUGUCACGGCCGGAGCGAUAAAUAAUUUGUAACUGCUCUAUAAAUUUCUAAAGUUCAAUUUCUAUGCUAACUGAAACUUAAUGAACGAGACUCUGGCCUGAGACAUUAUAGCAGACAUAUAGGGACUGUACAGUAGUUGUUGACACGGGCAACAGACAUUGUAAACAAGCGUAUUGAUUGUCAUUUUGUGCAGGUGCACUGUUGAGUUACUGCAUUAUUUUUUUUAUAUAUAUUUUAUAUAAGUCUAUAUAACAUUCUGCUUUAUAAGUGUAAAAUGAUCUUUUAUAACAUCCAAAAUCAAAGUGCUUAAUGACACACAGCAUGAAGUAUAUCCAAGUUUUAUAUGCAGCUGAUUUUCCUACAAUAAUAAAGUUGUUAUCAUCUUUAACUUUGAUGAUAAGGGAACUUUGAAUGGAAAAUAAUUGAGUUACAGUAUGUGUUAAUGCACAGUGUAAGCUGCCUCUGCAUGAAGAACACCUGCUGUUACAGCUCACAAGUUUAACAUCCUGAAAUCUCCAUGAAAAUAUGUUUUUAACGCAACAUUUGGCUUUAACUGCUUACAUCACCUUUUUUUUCCCCCCAGACGACUUUGUGGAGGAAAUCAUACGGAACAAACACCGUGAGAAUAUAAAUGAACGGUACAUGAAGGGCUUUUCCGCCACAGACAUCAUGUAAAUUCAUGUUAGACAAGACAAGUUAAAUGCUGAGAUUGCGAGUAUUAACACUACUUAGCUGUAAAUAAUCUUCCAUGCAAGCAUAGGAACAUAGUGUAGUGUAGCAUGAGAGUGGCUUCAGACCAUUUUUUAAAGCUCCACUGUGUAACUUCUGACCCCAGUUUUCAGUUUUGACCUAGAGUUUCCUUUUUUGUCCAAAUUCCAACUGUUUCUCUUUCAACAUUUGCUUCAGUAUCUCACUACCUCACUCAUGUUUCAGAGAACAAGGUUAAUUCCUUAACCUACAGUCCGCUGCCAUCUGGUCACAUUGCUAUAGCUAAAUUGAGUAACACAGCGAGAGUCGUGUGGAGCUGUGGAGCGCGUGAACUCAUUUGACAAUGGUUUGAGUGUAACAUACAUUUGUUUUCAUGUUAAAGUCACACACUACAGCUUUAAUAUUAUGUCAAACAUUGCUUUCAAGUGCAGUUUUCAGUUCACUGCCUGGAAAACAAAGGAAACUGUUAAGAGUUACUUUCUCCAAACUGUGUAAAAAAGUGUCACGCUGGUAAUAAAUACACUGGCUCUCAAAAACAAAUUAAACAUGUUGUGUGUAUUA